AUGGCCUCGCAGGACGAAUCGAGACCGCCUUUCCCGCCCUUCACCGAGGAAACGGCGAGGAAGAAGGUCAAGGCCGCCCAAGAUGCCUGGAACACAAAGAACCCCUCCAAGGUCAAGAUGGCGUACACGCCCGACACGAUCUGGCGUAAUCGCGACACCUUCCUCCAGGGCCGCGACGAGGUCGAGCAGUGGCUGACCCAGAAGUGGGCGAAGGAGAACGGCUACCGCCUCAGGAAGGAACUCUUCGCCUUCACCGACAACAAGAUCGCCGUCCAGUUCUGGUACGAGUGGCACGACGAGUCGGGACAGUGGUGGCGGACGUACGGGCUGGAGGACUGGACUUUUGCGGAGAACGGCUUGAUGCGGAAGAGGCAGAUGAGUGGCAACGAUGUCAAGAUUGCGGACGGGCAGAGGUGGUUCGCGGAUGGGGUUGACGUGAACGCCGUCGAGAUUUCUGAGAAGCACUGGUGA